AUGGUGACAAAAAUUAGUGAAGAUGAGCUGAAUGAAAUUAAGGAGACCUUUACUCUCUUUGAUACACGUGGAGAUGAGAAGAUCGCAGCUUGCCAGUUAGGAGAUGUGUUGAGGGCACUGUCUCAGAAUCCCACAGAGCAGGAGAUUAGGAAAUGUGGAUUUUCUCAAAACCCAGAUGCUCGCAUUUCCUUUGAGACAUUUUUCCCCAUCCUGCAGACGAUCAGCAAGAACCGCAUCCUGCCUUCCAUGGAGGACUUUGUCGAAGGGUUCAGGGUGUUCGACAAAGAUCAGAAUGGCACCAUAGCCUCUGCAGAACUCAGGCAUAUCCUGACCUCGUUAGGUGAGAAGUUGACAGAGGAAGAGGUUGACCAGUUGCUGUCCGGACAGGAAGAUAGCCAGGGAAACAUUCAGUACGAAGAGUUUAUCAGACUGGUGAUGAAUGGUUGA